UUACUUCUGUUUUUUUUUCGUUUGCCUUUCUCGCCCACCGUGUGUUCUUUUGUACUGUCGGGGUGAAUGAAUACCGCAUAAUAUCCAUAAUAUAGCAUCGUCGGUACUCGGUAGUAGGCCCGGCAGUGUAACAAACGGCGAUGGAGAAAACAUAGAAGCAAAAAUUGACGGGAAGUAGCUGCUAUUUACACUUCCGUCGCGCUUUUUACCUGGUCACUGGAUUUGUUUUCGAAUUUUGUUUUGGAUUAGGGCUUUAUAGAAGAACAUUGCGCUGUGAUUCAUCGAAAAAUUAUAACGGGAUGUAACGAAAAUGUGUUAAAUAAGUGAAACAGUUAAAGAUUUCUAGGUACCUGGUGCAACUUGUGAUUGUUUCGUUGUUUUCAGGCUUAUCGUGUUCGGCAGAAGCAAAUAUUAAUUGGAUUGAAUGGAAUUUCAUGUGUUUCUCCAUCGCAUAACAUAGUGAUUUAAUUGUGUAAUGGUGCAGCAAAUGAUUGUGAACAGCCAGUGAAAAACUAGUGGAUUUCCCGUCAGCAGAAAUUGGCUUUCGCUGGAGCACAGUACAUAAUAUUGGAUUUGCCCCGAGUUCAAUUGCUUCCAGCUGGAGGAACUUUUUUUAUCAUAAUCAUCAUUGCUGAAGUUACCGGUUCAGCUGCGUUCGUUCAGAGCAGGAGCAGUGAGUGCGCUCUUGCAGAAGAGGGAACAUUCGUCGACGCGAUCUGCUGCAGUCUGUUGCUCACUCAUCGGCAUAAGAUAACCUGUCGUUAGACUGCCUCUUGUUCGAAGAUUGCUGCUACAGGCCGACGACAACAGCAGUCACCGUGAAUCAUCGUAGCGAAACGGCCGAACUGUGGCUGCUAGCACGCGGGCAGCGACCCAGGCAGCGGGUACCAUAUAGUACGCGAACAAGGCCACACCGACACCAUGUGGGACUCCCAGCUGGUGUGGGCUCGGGACUCCCAACAGGGUUACAUCCAGGGCCGGAUCACGGAGAUCGGUGCACACGAGUACGAGAUACAACCGCUGGAAAGCCGACAGCCCCGGCGGAACUGCAUUCUGGAGGAUAUCUUCGCUUCCUGCGAGGCCGUGUCCGAUCAUGACGAUAACUGUGAAUUAAUGUUCCUAAAUGAGGCUACUCUGCUAGACAAUAUCAAGAACCGAUACUAUAAAGACAAAAUUUACACAUACGUAGCAAAUAUCCUAAUAGCGGUCAAUCCGUACAAAGAAAUCCGGGACCUGUACUCGAAGGCAACCAUCAAGCGGUACAAUGGCAAAUCACUCGGCGAGCUUCCACCGCACGUGUACGCCAUCGCCGACAAAGCGAUCCGAGAUAUGCGCGUCCUCAAGGUGUCCCAGUCGAUCAUCGUGUCCGGUGAAUCCGGUGCCGGUAAGACCGAGAGUACUAAGUAUCUGCUAAGAUACCUGUGCGAUGCGGCAGCGACGGCCGGACCGAUCGAGCAGAAAAUUCUCGAUGCAAAUCCAAUUCUGGAAGCGUUCGGUAAUGCCAAGACGACACGAAACAACAACAGUUCACGAUUCGGCAAGUUCAUCGAGGUGCAUUACGACAGCAAGUGUCAGGUGGUAGGGGGACACAUUUCUCACUAUCUGCUGGAGAAGAGCAGGAUCUGUACGCAGAGUGCGGAGGAGAGGAACUAUCACGUGUUUUAUCUGUUGUGUGCGGGAGCACCGCAGCAGCUGCGGGAUAAGCUGUUGAUUGGGAAACCGGACGACUACCGGUAUUUGACCGGGUGUACUCAGUAUUUUUCGACGGCGCAAACGGACCGGAAGAUUCCUAACUCGCAGAAAUCGAAGGAUCAUUUGAGCAGGGGGUCUCUGAAAGAUCCAAUAUUGGACGAUUACACUGAUUUUCAGGAUUUGGAUCAGGCUUUGGCGCGGUUGGGUCUUUCCGAUGCGCAAAAGUUUCAGAUCUAUGGAUUGGUGGCGGCGGUACUGCACUUGGGAAAUAUCUGUUUCGAGGAAAAUCCAGAAGAUGCCAAGGGAGGUUGCCGGGUGACUCAUGGUUCCGAGAAGGCUUUGAUAAUUACGGCAAGCUUGAUUGGACUGGAUCCUUCGGAGCUGAGACAAGCGCUGGUUUCCAGAGUGAUGCAGAGUAAGGGCGGUGGUAUCAAGGGAACUGUUAUCAUGGUUCCGCUGAAGGUGUACGAAGCGAACAACGCACGGGAUGCGCUGGCGAAAGCUUUGUACUCGAGAUUGUUUGAUCACAUCGUUACGCUGAUCAAUCAGAACAUUCCGUUCCAGGCUUCGAGUUACUACAUCGGGGUGCUUGAUAUCGCUGGGUUUGAGUACUUCACGGUGAACUCGUUUGAACAGUUUUGCAUCAACUAUUGCAACGAGAAACUUCAGAAGUUUUUCAAUGACAACAUUCUGGCGGCCGAGCAGGAUCUCUACAAACGGGAAGGUCUUAACGUACCGGAGAUCAAAUUCACCGACAAUCAGGAUAUCAUUGAACUGAUCGAGUCAAAAUCGAGCGGUAUUUUCAAUCUGCUAGACGAAGAAUCGAAACUUCCAAAGCCGUCGUAUGCUCAUUUCACUGCCGAAGUGCACAGCGCAUGGCAGGGACAUUUCCGGCUAUCGUUGCCGCGUGCUUCCAGGUUGAAGGCUCAUCGUGUCAUCCGAGACGAUGAAGGCUUUCUGGUGCGUCACUUCGCCGGUGCUGUUUGCUACAAUACGAAUCAAUUCAUCGAGAAGAACAACGAUGCACUUCAUGCUUCCCUCGAGGGACUGGUCCAGGAGUCGGAAAACCCUCUUCUGAAGCGGCUCUUUGUCAGCGGAAAAGUAACCGCCACCAAAGGCAAGCUUGCCUUUAUCUCCGUUGGUUCCAAAUUCAAAACCCAGCUGGGUGAACUGAUGGAUAAACUUGAGAAAAAUGGCACAAAUUUCAUCCGGUGCAUUAAACCCAACAGUCGCAUGAUUGAUCACGAGUUUGAGGGAAGCCUUGCACUAGCACAGCUCAAAUGCUCCGGAACAACCUCGGUGCUGGAGCUGAUGGAGUACGGCUACCCUUCGCGGGUACCCUUCAACGAGCUGUACAACAUGUACAUAUCGUUUCUUCCACCGGAACUGGCCCGGCUCAACCCACGUACCUUCUGCGAGGCGAUGCUACACUCGCUUAAGCUCAACAACAAAGAUUUCAAGUUCGGCAUCACGAAAGUGUUCUUCCGACCCGGCAAGUUCGUGGAGUUCGAUCGGAUUAUGAAGUCAGAUCCGGAGAAUCUGCGGGCGAUUGUGGCUAACGUGAAGAAGUGGCUGGUUCGAUCCCGCUGGAUCAAGUCCGUGUUCUGUGCUAUUUGUGUGAUCAAAUUAAAGAACCGCAUCAUCUACCGCAACAAGUGCGUACUGAUGAUGCAGAAAACGGUUCGCGGUUAUCAGGCGCGGAAGCAGCACCAACCCCGCUACAAGGGCAUCAUCAAGAUCAAAGCCAUCAAAACGAGCCUGGGCAAGAUGCAGGAAAUCGCCAACCAGCUGAAGGCCGAACGUGACAGCAUGCUUCGCCAGGUGGCCGAUGUGACACGAGCAAUCGACGAGGCGGUACGGAAGAUUAAGGCAAAUCCCAAAAUCAGCGCCGCCGAAAUCGAUAGCCUGCAUAGCGGGGUGAUGGCCAAGAUUGACACCCAGAUGAAGAUGAUACACAUUAAGCUGCAGGAGCAGCGAAACGCCGAGGAACAGGAACGGUUGCGGAAAAUUCAAGCUGCCUUCGAGGCGGAACGGAAAGCCAAAGAGGAGGAAGAGCGACGGUUGCGGGAAGAGGAGGAUACCCGAAGGAAGAAAGCCGAAAUGGAAGCUAGACGUAAAGAGGAGGAAUUACGGCGUUUGAAGCAGGAGGAAGAAGAUCGGAAAGCCGCCGUUGCGUUACAGGCCCAACUUGAGAAGGAAGCUCAGGAGGACACCAAAUACAGGCAACAGUUGGAGCAAGAGAGACGCGAUCAUGAACUUGCCCUGCGACUAGCACAGGAAUCCAACGGUCAGGUGGAGGACAGUCCACCGUUACUAAGGAACGGUACGCCAGAAGUUACGCCUUUGGGUAAUCCGAAUCGAUUGAUCAGAUCUGAAGCAAUUCGUGCCCAGCAGCAGCUGAUCGAGAAGCAGAAGCACGAUCUGUCCAAGUGGAAGUACUCGGAACUGCGGGACGCAAUCAACACCAGCUGCGACAUCGAACUGCUGGAGGCCUGCCGCCAUGAGUUCCACCGUCGCCUCAAGGUGUACCACGCCUGGAAGGCAAAGAACCGCAAGCGUACCACGAUGGACGAGAACGAACGAGCACCGCGCAGCGUCAUGGAAGCAGCCGCCCGCGCACCGCCACGCCUAUCGCAGAAGCAGGAAAUCACUACCGGUUCGUUGCACCGCUAUUUCCGCAUCCCGUUCGUACGGCCCAGUAUUAACCCGGAGGACAACAACAAACGGGGCUGGUGGUAUGCGCACUUUGACGGCCAGUACGUCGCUCGCCAGAUGGAGCUGCACGCCGACAAGCCACCCAUCUUGCUGGUUGCCGGCGUUGACGAUAUGCAGAUGUGCGAGCUGAGCCUGGAGGAGACUGGUUUGACGCGAAAGCGAGGUGCUGAGAUUCUCGAGCAUGAGUUCAACCGUGAGUGGGAGCGGAAUGGGGGUAAACCGUUCAAGAAGGUAGGCAAGUGAAGAGUUUUAAAUGAGACUUCCGCGGAAGGGUUGGAUUCAAAUCGGAAAAUAGAUAAAUUUUCGAAAAUUUCAAAAGACCACACAAAGUAUUUUCAUCAUCAAUCGGAAGGAGUGGGUUGUACUUCGGUUGAUUUUCGAGUGUCUUGCGUUUUGGUGCCUUUAAUUUUUCAAAACUAUAUUAAAAAAUGUGAAGUUUAUUAGCGACAUUCCGGAAUGAAAGAAAUAAAUUCCAGUGUGAGUAUUUCGCUUUAUUUUUGCAAUAUUACCCGCUUACCUUUCGCGAAGAUGUUACAGUAACAUAGCAAAUAGUCAGCUUUUUAGUGUGAGUUAUUAAGGUUUAGCGACUGUUUUAAUUUAUGCUUAAAAAGACAAUAUUAAACGAAAGAUUUGAUUUAUUCCGCGAUUAAUAGUUGAGCGUUAUUUUACAGAACUAGAAAAUCAUUCUGCGCAAACCGUUUCACCUAAGCGAGGGUUAGAUAUUUGUUCGCUGAAUCAGGCUUCGGAGCUGGCGACAGAAAAUUAAUUAUUGCCGUCUAUAAACAAACAAAAAAAAAACUAUUCAUAUAAUAACUGUUGGUGUCUGAAAUCGUUUAAAGCAAAACUUAUUUAUCAAAGAACUUUCCUGAGAAUAUAACACAAUGAACCGGUGAUACUGUUCGAACUAAAUGGUUCCAAAAUUAAAUUAAAAUUCACUGAUAGAGACGAGGUAAGGGUGACUAUAAAAGACCAUUUAUUCCCAAUCCUACGCUUUACUGGCGGGGAGAGACUUAGACGCUAUUUAGAAUUUCUCUAUUUACACCACACACUAGACAGCGAUUGCGGAAGGAAAGGAGCGCAGAGUUAGUUUCAAAAACUAGACCUACUAAUUCAAUAUUACGACUAAAAUUAAUUAAAGUACUGCAGUUUUUACAAUGA